GUCAAGUUCAAACCAGAUGGCUGCACUAAAAGAUGCGCUGUCAGAGGCGAUGAGUUCGAAGUCGCCAGAUGAGAUCCGAAAUGUGUGUCUAAUUGCACAUGUAGAUCAUGGUAAAACAUGCUUCGCAGAUUCAUUAGUAUCCACAAAUGCCAUUAUAUCUGCUCGGAUGGCUGGCAAACUGCGAUUUUUGGAUAAUCGCGAAGAUGAGCAAACUCGCGGUAUCACAAUGAAAUCUAGUGGAAUCUCAUUAUUAUAUGGUCCUAUGCUUGUAAAUCUCAUGGAUAGUCCUGGUCAUGUCGAUUUCUCCUCAGAAGUCACCUCAGCUUUAUUAUUAUCUGAUAUCGCAUUACUGCUUGUCGAUGUUGUUGAAGGUGUCUGUUCACAGACCCAAGUUUUGUUACGACAAGCAAUCACACACGGGCAAACUGUUAUUCUAGUCAUUAAUAAAAUGGAUAGGUUACGAGUAGAACUGAAAAUGGAAGCCACAGAGGCGUAUACUCACAUUGUUCGGCUACUUGAAGCAAUAAAUAGCUGCGUCAGUCAGGUGGUUCAAGGCAUGAUGCUGGAAGAAGACGCGGCGGGGAACAUUGAUGAACUCGAGGCCGCUUUGCACUUCAAUCCGGCAAAAGGGAACGUCAUCUUUUCCUCAGCCAUCCAUGGCUACUCUUUUGGAGUGGAAGAGUUUGCUGAAAUCUACACGGAAAGGCUCAAUAUCCCAAAACCUCGGUUAACAGAAGCUCUAUUUGGAGACUUCUACUUUUCUGGAGGCAAGAUCAAGGACGAGGCUGCAGCACGAGGUAAAAAGACGUUAUUCGUUCAACUCGUGCUGGAACCACUAUGGGCUUUGCAUGAUUGUGGAUUGGUAACGAAUGAUUUGGCAAAGUUGGUAGAGCUGACAGGGAAACUAGGGGUCACCAUCAAAUCAAAACGGAUUUUGGAAGCUUUCGAUGAAGCCAUGAGGACAUGGCUUCCCUUGCCACAAGCUUGCUUUCGUGCUUGUGCUCGCGCACCAUCCGCAAGAUCAGCUUUCAAGAAUAACCGUAGAAUGCAGUACUUGAUCGGAAACAAGACUGAUCAUCCCUUAGCCAAGGCUGUGCAUGAGUGUUCUCCCGAAGGUAUCACCGUGGCGCUGGUUGUGAAAUUUGUACGAAAUGAAGGUCGGAAAUGUGCAAUUUGUCGGAUUUUCAGUGGAAAGCUUACUGCUGGCCAGGAGCUUUAUGUGCUGGGAAGAAAGGCCUUGAAAGAGGGCACAGAGGCCCCAAAAGUCACUGUGGGAAGUGUUUGGACUCUAAGAGGUCGCGAUUUGCUACCGUUGAAUCUCGCAACUGCAGGCGUAAUCUGCGCCAUUGACGCACAAGGGCUGCUACAGAACGCGACUUUAUGUUCUGAACCUGUCAGUGAAGGAUUGAACGUUGGAAUCAAGCAGGGUGAACCACUAGUCCGAGUUUCUGUAAAUACUGCUAAUCUAGAAGAUAUGGACAAGCUUAAAGAAGACUUGAGACUAUUGUCCAUCCUGGAUCCUAGCCUUAGGGUGUUGGAGUUGGACAGUGGAGAGCUAGCGAUGAUCACUGCUGGUGAAGUACAUCUGCAGAAGUGCCUCAAAGAUCUGGAAGAUCUUGGAUUUAGCGACUUAGAGGUUUCAAAGCCAAUUGUACCAUUCUUGGAAACGAUUGUGCCAGAUCCUCAAUUGACAAGCGUUCAGAUCCAGGAGCAAACCACCGAAUGCCAUCUCAGGAGUGACUCCCUCUAUAUUCGUUUGAGGGUUGCUCCGCUACCAGAUGAAGUGGUAGCUUUACUGGAAGAGUCGGCAGAGAUACUGAAGUCCAUUAGAGGAGGACAUGUAGAUGAUUCGACCUCGGCAGAAUUCAAGACGAAGCUGCUGGCGGUUUGCGAAGAUCAUUUGCCCUCUUGUCGAGGAUCUUGGUGGUACAGAAAGAGCAAAGAAGAGAUUGCUGAAUUUGUAGAGAGGAUUUGGUCUUUUGGCCCAAGUAGAGCUAAAGCCAAUAUAUUGAUCAACGGGAUUCCUAGUUACCAAAGAAGGCCUAUUUGGGAUAGCAAAUCUGAGCUCGAAUGCCGCCCAUUUGAUCAGGCCAUCAUAUCCGGCUUUGAGCUGUUUGUGACGGCUGGACCAUUAUGUCAUGAAAUCGUGAGAGGAGUGGCGGUGAUCGUGGAAGAAUGGACCGUGGAUGAAGACGACGCUGCUGUUGCUGGACAGCUGAUGACCGCGAUGAAAGCGACAUGCAAAGCUGGCGCAGAAAAGUUGGCAUUGCGGUUGGUGGCUGCGAUGUAUAGAUGCCUUGUGACCACUGCAAGUCAAGCGUUAGGGAAGGUUCAUGCAGUGCUGGCUCAGAGGAAAGCUAAGGUUUUGAAUGAGGACAUAAACGAGGCUACGGGACUUUUCGAAGUGACAGCUCUGAUGCCUGUUGUGGAAUCGUUUUCUUUCUGUGAUCAUCUGCGCAAAAACACGUCCGGCAUGGCUAGUGCUCAGCUUGAGUUCAGUCAUUGGCAACUGAUCGAUGAGGAUCCAUAUUGGCAACCAUCUACCCUCGAAGAAAUGGAAGAGUUCGGUGUGAAAGGCGAUUCACCAAAUCAUGCACGAGGUUAUAUGGAUGCUGUGCGACGUAGGAAAGGUUUGCCAACGGACGACGUUAUCGUAGUUUCUGCAGAAAAACAAAGGAAUCUGAAAAAGAACAAGUAGAUAAUUGUCGAGGUGUCCUUGGCGUGGCUUCCCCAGCUUUUUAUCGGGCGAGAACUGGUCUCUACUUCAUUUGAGCACAGUGCUUUAGUUCCUCGAACGUUUAUCAGGUCUGUCUUAUGAUCUGCCAUCAUGAACAGUUUUCGUCUGUGCAAUUUACCAUAUAUACUGUUAUCUAUUGUUAUUGUUAAUUGUUACUUGUUGUCUUUGCAUGUGAAAGCCAACUGUGAAUAAAUUUCUAAUCGAAA